GUCGGCAGUCGGCUUUACAUAAGUUGACAUCCACAAAACGCACAAAACGCUCUGACUGUGGGGGCUCCUGGGGCUUCAGUGACCGGCUGCAGGUCCUUUGCUCAAGUUCUGGCCGCGCUUUCAUUUCCACAUUUCGAAAUCAGCUGCUGCCCGUGUGUGACGUCUGGGGGGCCGCCUUUUUGCACCACACGUACUCGUUCAGUUUUUUCCCCCACGGGAUUUUCCUCCUAUUUUCCUGUGUGUUUGCGAUUAGUAGACGUAGUUUUUUUUUGGGAAACCGGCUCUCUCAAAAGGCUUGCCUUAACCAUCAUCAUUAUCAUCGUCAGCCGCGUCGACAGUUGCUGUUUUUUCAGCUGUUCGCUUCGACUCGAAAAAAGUUGUUCAACUUCUUUUUUUUUUUACUACACUUUAAUUUGUCUUUUUUUCUAUUAUUUAUCCCAACUAUUUGCCGUUUGCGUGGGUCACUUUCAAAAGCGUUUUUUUCGUUCCUUUUGUGGUUCCAUCAUAAGACCAAAAACUUGAUUUAUAAUCGGUACGUGCGGCCAGCAGUAAAUCAAUAAAACAAUAUAAACCCAACCAAAUCAAUUAAUUUAUAUACAAACCGAAUGCAGUCAAAGUGUUGAUCGAAUAUCGAAUAAGACAAAAGUAUUAAAUAAAAUCAAGAGAGAACCAACCGGCCACCAACAUGUAAGGCAAGGCAGGCAGCUCAGCAAAGUUAGCUUUUGCCCCCGCUCCCCUCCAAAGAUGGCCGCCAGGAUGUGCAGCAGUAGCAGCAGCAGCAGCAGCAGUGUUUCCAUCGUCAUCAUCUAGGUGCAACAGCGUCCAGAGCAGCAGCAGCAGCAGCAGUUGCAGAAUCCAUGCAACAUACCCACAUAUACACAGAAAUACAUAUUUCCAACGCACACUCUCGCAUAGUCCACUCUUAAAGCUCGGCCCAAGAUCGGCGCUGCGCUGCAUUACUCUGCAUUUCGUAUUUGACAGUUGACAACGAGAGACGCUCGGGCGCGCACAGCAGUUAACUUAGACCCGACGGCGACGCGUCGCUGCCGUCGUUGUCGUCGCUUUCGAGUUUCCCUUUUUUUUUCGUUCCCGGGUGUAAUUGCGAUUAUGAGCGAGACCUUCAAAUUGUCCGAAAUGCAACGCACUAAUAUCGAGUUUGAACGUCAGCGUCAUUUGGCCAAUUGGCUGGUGAAGAGCAGUCCACACAUGGCAGCAGCAGCAGCGGCAGGAGUAUCCACACCCCCAUCGGGGGCUGCGGCAAACACAUCAAACACUGGAUCAACAGGAGGAGUUGGGGCAGCGGCAGGAGGUGCUGCGCAAGGCGGCGCGCCCAGCAACAGUGUCGCAGCUGCAACAGCAGUAGCAGCUGCAUGUAACGGCUAUUUCUCGCUGCUCAAUGAGAAGGGUCUACCGACAGCCACGCAGUACAGCUCGCUGAUGCAUCUGGUAAGGGAGCGGGUGUACAAGUUCGUUUCGGUGGACAAUAUGCCAGCGUUUACAGAGUCCUCGCCAGCGGGCAGUGCCAGCAGUCCCACGCACGAGGGCUGUCUGCCCGUCAUCAAGGGACGGCCGCAGUACAUGAAGACGACGGCACGCGGCGGACAGGUGUUCCGUCUGCUGGCCGUUUUCGAGGAUGGCAAGCAGGAGAACGGACACGGCCAGGGACAGGGUAACUUGUCGCAGCACGGCAGUGGGAAUGUGGCCAAGUCCCAUUCUAGUGGCUAUAUCGGGCGCGAGAAGGAGAAGAACCGCUACGCCCAGUUGCUGAACGAGAAUCGUCAGGUGAUGUACGUCCCCCUGGCCACCAAGGGAAAGUUCUACGAGAUUGAGCCGGGUAUACCGCAGCUGCUGCAGAAGCUGGGCGAUGCGCAGCGCAAGCUCAAUCCGGAUUGUGUGCACCGAUUGGGGGCCCUGGUGACGGCGGCCAAACUGUUGCCGGUGACCCUGCGCUAUAUUUCGGGUCCCGGCGGACCGGAGAUACCCGAACAGCUGUGCAUCAGUCAGGUUACCAAGGAGGAUGUGGCUGUUGGUUGCCCCAUCGAGGACGUGGACACGCAGACGCCGCUGCAGCUGAGAAAGUUCUACCCCAGUCGGGACAUGCAGCUGCUCAGGAGUUACCUGGGCUUCGAUUCCGAGCAGCGAAUGCUGGCCAACACCAAUGUGCAGAACAUGCUGAAGUUCUGCCAGUUCAACUGCGACCAGUUCCUGAGGCUGGUGGAGGUGGAGCUGGUGCAGCGUUCUGAGCGCUCUGGGAGCAAGAGCAGGGAGGGCCUCAGGAUCCUGAAGCCGCUACACUUGCCUAGAAUUUUGAGGCGAGAGAAGAGCACCAUGGCCGCAGCCCACGAGAAGGAGGACUCGAUUAUAUUCCUUAGCAAGACCGAUUUGGAAAAUCUAGAGGCCAAGGAAGCGGCAGCUGCAGCAGCGGCUGCCUCCUUGGCGGACGCUGGAACCAAUCGCAUUUCGGAACGCAUGAAGGUGUUUCAGUCGACCAAGAAGAAGUGGUUCGGUAAGCAGCAGCAGCACCAUGAGAAGCUGCAACCUGAUUCGGAGCUGGAUGUGCAGGCCAAGCGGAUGAGCAUGGAACGCUAUACGGACAUGUCGAAGCUGCUGCAGGCGCGAUUCGGCUCAGAUCAAGACCAGCCAGAGCGGGAUGCCAUCUCGUUGAACAGUGGCGGAGCCUCCGACACCGAGACUACAACUCUGACCACCAUAGAGCCCAAGUCCUUGGACACGCUGCUGCAGAAGUCCAUGUCGCUGCAGGACAUCGAGCUAUUGAAUGGCCAGUGCAAGCCUCGUCCCGACCUGCUGGCCACACACAGUCACACAGAUGCCAUCAGCGAGGCGGGCACCGAACUGGAAGAUGUGGAGAAUCAGACGCCGCCGCCGCAGUCGUUUAUUACCGAAAAGCUCUACAAUGAGUUCCACGUAAAGACACGGCAGUACAGCAAGUCCUCGUCGAGUCUCCAUCAAAUGCGUCACUUCUCGCUGCCCCAGAAGCUGCAGCUCCACGAGGAGGCGGAGCAGGAGGAUCGCAGCCUGAUGCAACUGAAGGCGCACCAGCAGUCCCUGACCAAGCAGCCUGUCACGGGCCGUCGGGCGGCGGGUGGGGUCUGCCUGCUGGGAGGCGGACUGAACAAUAUACCCUCCCCGGUACCGAUCUCACCCUUCUCCCUGGUGGAGGACGAUCUGCCCUACUCGAGUGUACGCGACUCCUUGGUCAUGGCCAGCGAUGGCUGUCUGCAGCCACAGGUUUCUGUACGGUCGCGAGCCCCCUUGGACUACACCAAGGAGAACAUUUACGCGGAGAUCUGUCCCUCGCACACCGUCGACACCUUCUCGGGGGCCACACAGUUUACCCAUGUGCAGGAGGAUGGCGAUGGGGAUGGGGACUACGCCUCCCUCAAGUAUCCGGCCAGUGGACCUCAGUCCGUCAGUCGCAUCGAGAUCAACGGUGGGGCAUCGAAGAGCGCCAUCAGCUACCACACAGUGUACUUGGGCGAGGAGCCGCUGGGAGAGCGGCAUGCGGCGCAUAUUACCACCGUCGAGCUGGCCGGCGAGGACAACAUAUACAAUACGCUCAAAUGAUGACUCAUGUGAUUCCGGCGACGUAAAUUGGCCGGCGCAAAGGGACUGUUUUAAGACACUUGGAGAUGCAGAUAGAGAUGGGGCAAGCCAGUGGAAAUACUUCACGUGAUCUAAUAUUAAAUGUCGCCUAAAAUCAUUCAUUCAUAUUCAAAUAUUGUCACUGUUCGUGGAAAGGAAGAGUCUCAUGCUCGAACUGAAUCAAAAUAUCAUUGUAAAUCAAUCUCUUGGAUCCCGAAAUGUAUUUCUAAGUAUUGAGACUAUUGUAGGGCAACAAAAAGAGUAGAGAGACUUCUGGGGGCAGCUCAAACCGAUCUGAUAAUUGAAUAUACAUUCGAAUUUGAAAUCUUUUUGUAAAAUAAGGCUUUGUGUACAAGAUCUGCAAAGGUCAGGAUUGUAUUCUCUGCAAAAGAAAUGAAUUUAUGUUUUAAUUUGUAUGAAACGUUCUAAUUCUUAAACAAUUUGUCCAUAAAACCACAUAAAUUGUAUUAUAAUCAUAUAUUUUUGAUCAUAGUUUUAUCAAAGAAUACAAAAUACAGUUUACCUAGUAUUUCCGUUAAUUUCCCUUGUAAAACCUCCAAUGGAGACACAAACAAUAAGAAAAUUGUAUGACGCUGUUGCACAAAAGAAGAAAUUGAGAAAUUUUGAGUAUUUCCGUUUAGAUUUGCCAGAGAAAAUGCAAAAGUUCUUGUGUAUGAAUCUUGUGAAGCGAAAAUCCAAGCAAAUUAGCAAUGGAAUGGAAAGAAGUACAUGGAAUAUAUAUUCGUAGCAAUUAGCAUUAGUUAUAAGCAUAUGGAACAACUUUGUAAAUGAGACGUCCCUGUGGGCGACGAAAAACCCCUAGAAAUGACAACUCAAAUUGUAAUAUUAUUAUAAAACCAAGUGAAGACAAGCAAUUUGUAUUGUACAUACGAGUAUAUACUAGAUGUAUGGGCGAUUCUAUUGCCUCGUCCUUGUGUCCCGCCCUCGCCCUCGCCCCCGCCCCAGAACAUGACCCUGACCCUGACCGUGUCCCUGACCCUUACCCUGAACCCCAAACAAAGCAAAAACAUAAUGAAACUGAACAUUUGAAAAUUGCAAUAUUAUACAAUUGUAUACAUUAAUAAUAUAUAUAGAUAUACCUUUAUUAUAUACACACACACAUACACAUACAUUUAUACAUACAUAUACUUACAUAUAUAGAAAUCUUAGUGCAACCUAAGGUAUUAUUAGCUCGUAGGCAAUCAACAAGUCAAAUCAAAUCAUAAGCGAUAUACAUCUAAAUACGCGUAUACAUCUAUUGAUUGUAUAUUUGUAAAAUAGCAAGAAAUUUGUAGGGCAUCAGGCCAAACUUUUACACGAUCUCUCGUAUUAUGUCGUUCUUUUUUUGGAAGUGAAGUGAAGUGAAGUUACAUUGGAGUGCGGCAUGUCCACAUCGUACUGUGAAGUGAAUAUUUUAUUAUAUGUAAUGUUUGUACCAUAUGUCUGCUGGUCCGCUGCGCCCUCAGGAUACCCUUCCGAAUCGAUUUAUGUAGGUGUGGUAUACUCGUAAUAAGUGGACAAAAUAUCGAGCCAUAUUUCAAUGCAGUCUCAAAGUAGAGUUUAGACAUUAAGAUCUUGGUAUUUCUAGUCUUAAUCUGAAAAAAGAAAGAACGAAUAUGAAAUCUGGUCGAUUGUCGGACAUGUCGAGCUUUCGUUUUUUGUAAUGGAAAAAUAUGGAUAACUUCGGUUAGCCGAAGAACUCUUCAAUAUACAUAUAAUUUUUUUAAUUGGGUACUGCAUAAAUAAAUAUCUAGCAAGAAUUA